ACUUGGUUGCUAAGAAAAAUCUUGAAAAAGGAUGUGUUUUGAAUUGUUUGUAUUGUCUUCUUGAAAGGGUUGAAGCCGAUGAAAAUAAACAUAGGCGUGUAUAACAUGAUAUGUUUUCUCUUUCACUAUGUAACAAGGACAGGUUGUUUUUGCUGUUUGGUUAACAAGAUUCUGUAUAGUAAUAAGGAAGAAGUUUAAUAAUUCAGUGAUAAAUAAAAUAAAAGUCAUGUGCAACGGUUCGAAUAGAAAACCCUCUCAAACUGGUUUGAUUAGGGAUCAUGAAUAUGAAAGACAAGAAGAACUGCAGCAUGAGGUUUCUGAUUUGCUUCUGUUUUCAGCCACAGAUGAUGUUAUAGCUUUUAAAGAGGCGGUUGAAAAACGCAACUAUGAUGUCAAUGAGGUAGGCUUGUGGUAUGGAAGGAGGAUUGGCUCAAAGGAAAUGGGAUAUGAAGAGAGGACACCUCUCAUGAUUGCUUCCUUAUUUGGAAGCAAGGCUGUAUUGUUUUAUAUUCUCGAAACCGGCCAUGUCGAUGUUAACCAAGCGUGCGGAUCGGAUAGGGCUACUGCUCUUCAUUGUGCUGUUUCUGGUUGUUCUGCUGCUUCUUCUGAGGUUAUCAAGCUUUUGCUUGAUGCAUCUGCAGAUGUUAAUUCUGUUGAUGCGAAUGGUAACCGGUGCAUUGACUUGAUUGUCAUGAUGCCUAAUAGUAUGUCCGGUUCCAAGAAGAGGUUACUACAAGCCAUACUAGAAGGUACUGAUGAUGACUGUGAUUUCCUUAAGGAAGUGUAUUUCCAAAUGGAGAAGCAGCAACAAGAUAUCGGUACACCUCGAAUUGAGAAGAAAGAUUAUCCGAUUGAUCUAUCCCUACCCGACAUAAAUAAUGGAAUAUAUAGUACGGAUGAGUUUAGGAUGUUUAUAUUCAAAGUGAAGCCUUGUUCAAGGGCUUAUUCUCAUGAUUGGACGGAGUGUCCCUUUGUUCAUCCAGGGGAAAACGCAAGGCGCCGUGAUCCGAUGACAUAUCAAUACACAUGUGUCCCUUGUCCUGAGUUUCGGAAGGGAUCAUGCAGUAAAGGGGAUGCUUGUGAAUAUGCACAUGGUAUUUUUGAGUGCUGGCUUCAUCCUGCUCAAUACAGAACAAGGCUUUGCAAGGAUGAGACCGAAUGCACCCGGAGAGUCUGCUUUUUUGCACACAAAACCGAGGAGCUUCGCCCAUUGUAUGCUUCUACUGGUUCUGCUUUGCCUUCCCCUAUAUCCUAUUCCAAUUCACCUACUGCUUCUUCCAUGGAUUAUUUCACAUUGAGCUCUCCGUCCAGUUCGACACAAUCCACGUCGACACCGCCUUUGACUCCAUCUGCAGCGUCAUCUUCUGUAGGUGGAACCAUGUGGCCGACUCAGUCUCAUGCUGCAGUUCCUACACUUCAGUUGCCGAGAAGCAGAUUGAAAACUGCAUUGAACGCUAGAGAUGAUACUGAAUUUCUCGAACAUGAAAAUCGCCUUAUGCAGAAGCUAAUGAUUGAAGAGAUGACAGGUCUUUCAUUCCCUUCAAAUAGGCUUGCAGGACUGAGUCCUUCUAACCUCGAAGACAUUCUCGGUUCUCAGAUACAAUCUGCAACAUCAGUUCAUGUGCAUCCGAAUGUGACGCAGCAACUUUGGGGAUUUUCUUCUGACCUUACCAAUUCAAAUGUGAUUGGAUCACCACAGAUCACUGUUUAUCCGUCUAUGAAUUCAAAAAAUGACGCCCUGUUGAAACGGAGCCAGAGCUUUAUCGAGCACAGCAGCAUGGCGAGCUUUAGUUCUGAGCUUCCUUCUGCUAACUCAGUUGUUAUGGAGCCAUAUACUAACAUCUCUGGUUGGGGUUCCCCUGAUGGAAAACUAGACUGGUCCAUCCGUGAGGAUGAACUGAAUAAGAUGAGAAAGUCUUAUUCUUUUGGCUUUCGAAACCAACUCAGCAAUUCAAGAACGGUUGCACAAAAUGCUGAUGAGGAAGACCAAUUAAUAAGCCAGGAGUCAUGGGUUAAUUCACUAGUGAAGGAUGCACCAAUAUUGCAAUGGGAUCAAUAUUGAGUUGAAGUGUAACAUCAAUUGCAAUGCCCUAACCCAAAUGCGGUUCUAUCUUGGCGAGGACAAUUGUAGAUGGAGCAUAAGCAGAUAGAUGGUGGUGUGAAUCUAAUGUUAACUCUUACAUUAGAUCCUAUAUGCAUCCCUAGACCAACUUAUGUAUUAAAUGAUUACUAUACUUUUUAAAUUUUAUAGUUAUAUUGAGUAUGUAUAGGUGACAUUUUCUUGGGAAAAUGUAAAAUGUCUAUAAUACAAAAGUUGGAGAGAAUGCAACUAUUUUGCAUCAGUACCAACUUGUUACUACUAUUAGAGUAUAGUAUAUAGUUCAA